CCAUCUCUGUCGGUUGACACACAACAACUCCUUCACUUCACUUCACUUCACUGUCAUGGCUUCACUUCCCUGCAAAUCUCUCUUCUUGUCACUCUUCUUCUUCUUCUUCAUUACAAUCCAAACCUUAGCUGUUUCAGCUGAUGAGACGGUCAAAACAUACAUAUUCCGAAUCGACAGAUUCGCUAAACCGUCCAUCUUCCCAACUCACUACCACUGGUACACCACCGAGUUCACCGACCCAACCACCAUCCUCCACGUAUACGACACCGUUUUCCAUGGCUUCUCUGCUUCUCUCACUCCAGCUCAAGCCGCUUCAGUCCUCCAACACCCUUCCGUCCUCGCUUCCUUCGAGGAUCGCCGGAGGCACCUCCACACAACUCGCUCGCCGCAGUUUCUCGGCCUGAGAAACCAGCACGGUCUCUGGUCCGACUCCGACUACGGCUCCGACGUCAUCAUUGGAUUGUUCGAUACCGGAAUUUGGCCGGAGCGCCGGAGUUUCUCGGACUUGAAUCUCGGCCCGGUUCCGAGUCGGUGGAAAGGGGUUUGUCAAACCGGAACGAAAUUCACUUCGAAGAAUUGUAACAAGAAGAUCGUCGGAGCUCGAUUCUUCUCCAAAGGCCAUGGGGCGUUCGUCGGCGGAAUCAACGAGACGGUUGAGUUCAUGUCGCCGAGAGACGCCGACGGGCAUGGGACCCACACGGCGUCGACGGCCGCCGGGAGACACUCGUUUCAGGCAAGUAUGUCUGGGUAUGCCGCCGGAAUAGCCAAAGGAGUUGCUCCGAAAGCUCGAUUGGCUGUGUAUAAAGUUUGCUGGAAAGACUCUGGUUGCUUCGAUUCCGAUAUCCUCGCCGCCUUCGACGCUGCCGUGAACGACGGCGUCGAUGUGAUUUCGAUAUCAAUCGGGGGCGGCGAUGGGAUUUCUUCCCCCUACUAUCUCGACCCAAUUGCCAUCGGAGCUUAUGGAGCUGUUUCGAGAGGAGUUUUCGUGUCAGCAUCAGCGGGAAACGAUGGGCCUAAUGGAAUGUCGGUGACGAACCUCGCUCCGUGGUUGACAACAGUCGGCGCGGGAACAAUUGAUCGGAAUUUCCCCGCUGAUGUGGUGCUCGGAGACGGAAGGAAACUCGCCGGUGUAUCGUUAUACGCCGGAGCUCCGUUGAAUGGGACAAUGUAUCCUCUGGUUUAUCCGGGUAAAUCAGGGGUACUCUCAUCUUCACUCUGCAUGGAAAAUUCACUCGACCCGAAUCAAGUGAAGGAUAAAAUCGUGAUCUGUGAUCGAGGAAGCAAUCCUCGAGUCGCGAAAGGAUUGGUGGUGAAGAAGGCCGGCGGUGUGGGAAUGAUUCUCGCUAAUGGGGUUUCGAACGGUGAAGGGUUAGUCGGCGAUGCUCAUCUGAUUCCGGCUUGCGCAGUCGGUUCCGAUGAAGGCGAAGCGAUUAAAUCCUACCUUUCAUCAUCUUCAGUUGCAACGGCGACUGUGAAUUUCAGGGGGACUAUAAUCGGAAUCAAACCGGCGCCGGUGGUGGCUUCGUUCUCCGGGAGAGGACCAAACGGGUUGAACCCGGAAAUCUUGAAACCCGACUUGAUUGCUCCUGGUGUCAACAUUUUAGCAGCAUGGACCGAUGCGGUUGGCCCAACGGGUUUGGAUUUGGAUCCCCGAAAAACCGAAUUCAACAUUCUAUCGGGUACUUCGAUGUCUUGUCCCCAUGUAAGCGGUGCCGCGGCCUUGCUCAAAUCGGCCCACCUGGAUUGGAGUCCGGCGAUGAUAAAAUCAGCAAUGAUGACAACUGCGAGUAUAACCGAUAAUCGGUUCCAACCCAUGACCGAUGAAUCGACGGUUAAACCAUCGACGCCAUACGAUUAUGGUGCAGGUCAUGUUAAUCUGGAUCGGGCCAUGGAUCCGGGUCUCGUUUAUGAUAUCACAAACAGUGAUUAUGUAAACUUUUUAUGCGCAAUUGGGUACGGUCCAAAAACAAUUCAGGUGAUCACCCGAUCACCUGUGAAUUGUCCGGCGAAAAAACCUUCACCAGACAAUUUGAAUUAUCCUUCUAUGACCGUGUUGUUUUCGAGCUCGAGUGGAGCUGUUUCGAGAAAGAGUUUUAUUCGGACCGUGACAAAUGUUGGGCCGGUAAACUCGGUUUACAGAGUGAAGGUUGAAACGCCGAAGGGGGUGGCGGUGACGGUGAAGCCGGCAAAGCUGGUGUUCUCGGAGAGAGUGAGGAAGGUGAGCUUUGCGGUGACUGUAACGGUAGACAGCAAGAAUCUGGUGUUGGAUGACUCGGGUGCUGUGUAUGGAUCACUUUCUUGGUUCGAUGGAAAGCAUGUGGUUCGGAGCCCCAUAGUGGUCACCCAAAUUGAGCCCUUGUAAUCUAUUUUGAUCAUGUGGGCUUGAUUAAGGAUCGGACAGUGGUGUACGUUUGAUGGGGGAGAGUUUAAAGUGCAAAGUUAGGCUGCAGUGUAUUGUAGCAUAACUUGCUACCACUACUAGAACUCAUACGCUGUUUUUAGGUGUUUUGAGGAGGGUGUCUGUUGUGUUUAAUUAAUACCUUUAAUUAUUUUCGUUUUGCUUUUCUUUGUUUUUUUUUUUUUGUUUUGUUUUGUUUUUAUUUAUUUAAGCUCAUAAUGUGUAUGAUUGUAUUUGUCAUAUAAUAUUGGUUUAACAAGAAAAAAGGUCUGAAUCCAUGUGGUUAAAUCU